UUCAUUAACUGUAUCAAAUCGAUCGGCGCAUAUCCUUUGACAAAGUAUGCGCAAGCGUUGGAUAAAUACAGCGCAUCGAAUCCUCGAUUCAGUUGCAUGCGCGAUUUUGUUGUGACUGCACGAUGGCAGAUGAUCUUAUAAAAAUCGAAAAGAAAUUCGGUAAUCUUUCCGAGUACAGUAUACAAUUCAAUCGAUGGAUAUUGAAACCGAUAGGUGCAUGGCCAGCCUCACUUUAUAAGUCAAGAAUCGAAAAAAUUGUUUCAAAAAUUUUAAUUGUCAUCUGUUGGAUCUCUUCGUUAUUCACGUUAAUUCCGGGUGUGCUUCACAUUUUCUUAGAAAAAGAAAAUAUUUACGUGAAAUUGAAAUUUCUAGGUCCUCUGACCCACUGGUUAGUUGGAGGAUUCAAUUAUGCUGUGUUAUUGCUAUGUAAAGAUGAUAUACAUUAUUGCAUAAAACAAAUAUGCGCCGAUUGGAACAUUAUUACAGAAAAGCAAGAUCAACAAGUGAUGUUAAAAAACGCGAAAAUUGGUCGCUACGUCGCAGUUUUCUGUACAGUUUUCUUACAAGGUGGCGUCUUUUGUACUUGUCUUGCAUUGGGAGCAUUCAAAGAAACUAUUAAAGUCGACAACGAGACUGUGAACAUAUACAACUUACCUUGUCCAGCUUAUAAUAUGCCAGUUGAUACAAAUCCAACACACGAUAUUAUAUUGGGUACGCAAUUAUUGUCCGCAUUUAUAUGUAGUUCGAGCACCGCUGGCGCUUUUAGUUUUGUUGCUGUAUGUGCAAGCCAUGCUCUUGGUCAGUUGAAUCUGAUGAUGAUAUGGAUCAAUGAGUAUGUUAAUCGGUCAAUGGAAUUAAAUAAUAAUGCCUAUAUUAACAAAAUAGGUAUAAUCAUCGAACAUCAUUUGAGAAUUCUAAGUUUCAUAGCACGUAUUGAACAUGUGAUGAGUCCAAUAUGUUUCAUGGAAAUGAUUAAAUGUAUGGUGGGAAUAUGCAUGCCUAUAUAUUAUAUUCUUACGGAAUGGUCUGAACAUAAUGUUCAAAAUCUGACAGUAUAUGUUAUGAUAAUUAUAUCUAUGACUUAUAAUAUUUUUUUAGUAUGUUAUAUCGGUGAAAUUAUAACAGAAGAGUGUAAGAAAAUCGGUGACAUAGUUUACAUGACAAAUUGGUACGAAUUAUCUGAUAAAAAUAUUCUUAAUUUGAUGAUGAUCAUUAAACGAUCUAGUAUGAAUAUAAAUAUGACUGCUGGAAAGAUGACUAAUAUGUCAGUUCUUACAUUUGGUAAGAUAGUAAAAUCAGUUUUCGCUUACUUAAAUGUGUUACGUCAAAUUACAAUGAUGUAAACAUGUACUCAAGAUAUACUUAGAUAUUAAACUUCAUAAUUUUUUAGUUUAAAUAAAUUUAUGUGAAAUUAAAAAUUC